AAAAUGGCUUUGAUUUGUUCACGUUAUUACAGCAAAUGGCGGACGACGCCGGUGGUAGAGGAGGCUUUCGCGGAGGUUUCGGCGCGGGUGGUCGUGGUCGCGGCCGUGGACGCGGCAGAGGCCGCGGCAGGGGCCGCGGUGCCAGGGGUGGCAAGGCCGAGGACAAGGAAUGGGUGCCCGUCACCAAGCUUGGUCGCCUUGUGAAGGACAUGAAGAUCAAGUCCCUGGAGGAAAUCUACCUCUACUCCCUGCCCAUCAAGGAGUCUGAAAUCAUUGACUUCUUCCUGGGUUCUGCGCUGAAAGAUGAAGUGCUCAAGAUCAUGCCUGUCCAGAAACAGACCAGAGCUGGUCAGCGCACCAGGUUCAAGGCCUUUGUUGCUAUUGGUGACUACAACGGCCACGUUGGCCUGGGGGUGAAGUGCUCCAAAGAGGUAGCUACAGCCAUCCGUGGUGCCAUCAUCCUGGCUAAGCUGUCCAUCGUCCCAGUGAGGAGAGGGUACUGGGGGAACAAGAUUGGCAAGCCCCACACUGUGCCCUGCAAGGUCACUGGACGUUGUGGGUCUGUUCUGGUGCGCCUGAUCCCUGCACCCCGUGGUACUGGCAUCGUGUCUGCCCCCGUCCCCAAGAAGCUGCUCAUGAUGGCUGGUAUUGAUGACUGCUACACCUCUGCCAGAGGGUGCACUGCCACUCUUGGCAACUUUGCCAAGGCCACCUUUGAUGCCAUCUCCAAGACAUACAGCUACCUGACACCUGAUCUCUGGAAGGAGACUGUCUUCACAAAGUCUCCCUACCAGGAGUUCACUGACCAUCUGGCAAAGACUCACACCAGGGUGGCUGUGCAAAGGACCCAGGCUGCUGUCCAAGCUGCUGCCUCCUAAAUUCUUUUGUAUUGUGGACACUGAAUAAAACGUUCUAAAACGCCACCAAAAA